AUAUACCGGCAUGUGAGUCAGAAGUAGCGGAAACUACAGGUUACGGCAGCAGACGUAAAUAAUCGAUCACCUACUAAAUAUACGGAAGACGGUUUCUGGAACCUGCCAAUCAGGAAGUGCCGUGCGACUCAAGCCUCGCUAUGGUGUGGGACGCGUUGGAUUCUGGGUUGUGUUAGACUUUUUCAAAUAGAAAACCCGCGGACUUGCGGUAUAUGGCGCUGCUGGUACCGGACUGUAGGUGAUAUUUACAAGUGCUUCCAUGGCCCUAGGAGGUUAAGUAUUUAAAUUAUGUCUUCUCUUCAGAUAAAGUGAGCUUUCACUAGCCAUUACUAGCCAUGCAAUCACCUACUAAUGGGGUUUCAACCCCUAAGGACUUCUCAUCUGCAAGAAGAAGUAUUCAGUUCCAAAAUACUGGCUUCCCUCAGAUAGGCUUGGCCUCAGCACGAAGGCAUACUCCCUUCCACCAUGCACCAUCAAAGAGAAGGAUUCCCCAGACCAGUCCCUUAUCCGAAACUGUUGAUCCUUUAAAGAUUGCUCUUCUUCUUAGCAAGCAAUGGACCCUAUAUAGUGUGACCCCAAUGCACAAGUUCUCAUACACAAACUUAAAGGAGUAUGCCAGGCUUUUGUCUGCUCACAUCUGCGCUGAGAAGCAAAAGGGACUAGCAGUUGAGGUUGGCACAGAGUUGAACGUGAAGGCAACUUUCUCACCAUUGCCUGGGCUUAAGGGAAGAGAGCAAGAUCCAGGAUCUAUUCUUAUUCAGGUUUUGGCUAAACCUCAGUUUUCUGCUGCAGGUGCACAAGAUCGAAUUGUUUGGUCAGGUUGUUUUUGCUGUACAUUUGCAGACGAAGAUACAUUAGACUUGCUAACAUCAGAGACUCUUCUAUGUCUUCCUUUAUUCCUUGUAAAUGGAGCAGAGGCUCUUACAGCAAUGGUGGGGACUUGGUUUCAAAAAGCUUUUGACUGUUCUUUCAGUAAUUUGCCAAUCAGUUCUCGCGAUCUUGCUUGGAUGGCAGCCAUGUGGACUGGCUAUGAAGCACAUGAACAUAUUACAGCCACUGAGUUUAUCUUUUCAGUGCCAAUUGAACCACACAUGGACAUAUCAUAUGCCAUUCAUCCCGAAGAUAUUAAGGCCCUAUGGAGUAAUAUACAUAAAGGACAAGAUGAGGUCUUAGCAGAGGAAGUUGAUCUCUUAUUCCAGUGUCUCUAUACCCAUUUUUUCCGGCAUUUCAAGAUCCACUUAUCAGCAACACAUCUUGUAAAGGUCUCAACAUCUGUGGCAUCAGCACACUGUGAUGGCAAAGUAAAGUUUCUGAGCAAAGAAUAUCUACUUCAAGUGCUGGGAUAUCUCACCGAACUGGCAAUAAAUAAUAUACAGUAUUAACUACGGAACACCAUGAUUUCCAGGACUUUUAUACUAUACCCUUUUUCCUUCAGAUGAGACAUAUUGGAUAAGCACUCACAUGCCUUUAGCCAAGGUUCUUUAUGCUCUGAGAAUUGGAAUCCUAUAUCUAAAGAUGUCCAUAUACAGUAAGAUUUGCUUGUUUGGCAAGGUCGCCAAACGGGUGAAUCUUUCCCUGAUAUGUCUACCUUGGUGGGCAAUAUUGUGCUAAUGCUAAACAAUAAGCAAAGUCGGAGCUAGGACCACAUCAAUGAGCCUAUGUGGUCCUCGGUCUGACAAAAAAAAUAGUCUGUCCAAUCAACAUCUGGCUGAUUUUGGCCAGAUAUAGGUCAGAGAGGCCUGCCCCAUACACAGGCAAAUAAGCUGCCAAAUCAGUCUGAAGGACCCUAAUUGGCAUCUUUAAUCUGUCAGUGUAUGGCCACCUUAAGAGAAGCCCUCCUGUUUUUAUAUCUCUCUAGGAAAUGUCUACAAGCACUUUGUUUCUAGGCAAAUUUCAUUGGCCUUUUUUAUUCUUGUUUUGCUUUAUCAGCAUUUGCUUAAUUGUUAACUCCUCCGAAAAAUAUUUCUAUACAAUAAAUUUUCAACCAAAGUA